AUGUGCAUCAUGAUACCAUCAAAUAAGGAACCUGAAUUUGCCAAUGGCUUUUUUAGUUAUCUUUUUGUAAUUUUAAUUGAUCUUUUACAAGAACCUGAAUAUACCGAGAUUCCAUGCCAAAGCCUUUUUUUAAACAAAAAGGAAGCACUUGAGGAUGAUGAAGUGGGUAAAGCAGAUGCUUCAGAAACAUAUAAUCCUAGUAACACUGAAAUGUAA